AUGCCUUUCCUUCAUUGUUCGAAAAAAAUUAUCACUAGAUCUCAGUUAAUUGAAGAAAAAUCUAGCCGAAACGGUUGGAGAUGUAAAAUAUUUCGUCCCACGGGGGGGUAUUAUAAAGGAAAUUGGAAACGAAAUAAACAUUGCGGAAAAGGUGUACAAUUUUUACCAUCUGGUUUUCAGUAUGAAGGAGACUGGAUAAAUAACAAUAAACAUGGUUUUGGCGUUUUAAGUAAAUACAAUAGUUACGAUAAAAUAUUUAACCUUGUUUAUAUCGGGGAUUAUCAGAAAAACCAAAAGCAUGGACGUGGUAUUCAUCACUAUGAUGACGGUACUUUAUAUGAGGGAGAAUUUAAAUAUAAUAAAAGACACGGGUUCGGAAAGUGCUGGUAUGGCGAUGGUUCCUAUUAUGAGGGUUAUUGGCGUAGAGAUUUACAAGAUGAUUAUGGAUUUUUUGUAGAGGAAUGGUCUCAGGGUAAAAAAGAUGGCUAUGGUGAAUAUUAUCAUUUGUCUACUGGACAAAAGCAAACAGGUUAUUGGGAAAACAAUAUAUGUAUUACUAGUUUGAUGGAAGACAUUAAAUACCGCCAGUCAGUCAUUUACCCUACUCCUUAUUUCAUUCCAAAAUGUGAAUUAUACUCAAAAGUUCCAGUUUUAUUAUCACUUCAAAGAGCAUAUGAAAUUAUAGAAGAUCAUCAUAAAAAUUGUAUUUAUCACACAACAUGCCAUAAAGAUAAAUUGGAGUGUAUUAGGUAA